CGUUGACAUUAUUUAUUCAUUUCUUCACUUCGACAUUUUGUUUUCUCUAAAAAUGUCUUCCUCUUACGUGCCUUUGUUGAUGAAAGAUGAAGAGCCGAGAAACUGGGCAGAGCUUCCGUCGGAAUUGACGUCUUUCAUACUCAAUCGACUUAGCAUGAUUGAUAUACUGGAAAACGUUCAGAAAGUGUGUAAGCCAUGGCGUCGUGUAUGUAAAGACCUUUCAAUGUGGCGGAAGAUUGACAUGAGCAACCUCGGAGACUUUGCAACGAAGUACGACCUCAUGAUCAUGUGUCGUCAUGCAGUUGAUCUUAGCCAAGGUGGUUUGGUUGAUAUUGAUAUUUGGGACUUUGGUACUGAUGAUCUCCUCUAUUACAUCGCUGAAAGGUCAAUUAAUCUGAGAAGCCUUAGAUUUGCAUACAAUAAAAUAACAGAUGAGGGAGUUAUGAAAGCUGUUGUGAAACUACCAUUGCUUGAAGAGCUUGAUGUUAUUUUAUACUGCUCACUUUCAGGAAACUCUAUGAGAGUUGUAGGCCAGUCUUGUCCAAAUCUGAAGACAUUGAGGCUAAACCAUAGCCCUAAAGUUGAGUAUUUUGGUUGUGAUGAGUCUAAUAGUAUUGCCACAGAAAUUGCCGAAUGCAUGCCCAAGCUACGCCACCUCCAACUUAUUGGGGAUGGACUCAACAACACAGGCUUGAACGCCAUUCUUGAUGGUUGCCCCUACCUGGACCACCUUGAUUUACGCGAGUGUUCUAACAUUAACCUUGUCGGGGAUCUCGAGAAGAAGUGUUCUAAGAGGAUUAGUGUUUUGAGAUGCCCAUAUGACUCAACUGCUGAUUUACCAUUUCAAACCACAUUGUAUGACCUAGAAUGGGAUUUUGUUUCUGAUUGUGGCUUCGACAAUGAUGUUGACUUUGAGUUCUCUUGUACUAGUCCAAGUGACUACUAUCGUUGGUACUAGACGUUGAAGUCUUUGUGGACAAAGGAGAGACAUGUUGUUUUGCUGGACUUGUCAAGCUUAACCCCGUGUGGCUGUGACUUAAUAACUCGUUCUUUUUUCUUUUAUUUUUCCUUAUUCGGGUCACCAACUUAUGAGCUCGUGUAUGCACUAUUUACUCUAAGUUCUUCAUUUUAA